UUCGGCUGCAGAUGGGAGAGGCGUAUUUUAUUAUACAUUUUGCGUAAUUUCCACGGCGAUUCUUGGCGUGAGAAAGGCGAGGCAUUUUCCGAAAUACUCUACCAGAGAUCCCCUUUGUCCCGCUGCCCCUCAUGGCGGCUACAGCGACCACAAAACGAGCCGGUCGACCGAGGGCGCAGCUACCGCCCUGCUACUACGAGGGAUAUCUGGAGAAGAGAGCGCCGAAGGAAAAGGUGUUUCGGAGGCUGUGGACGUGUCUGUGUGGAAACACACUCUAUUUCUUCAACAACAGCAAGGACAGUGAUUAUAUGGAGAGGCUGGAGCUCAGUGGUUUCAUCUCCCUGGUGGAUGAUGGGAGCAGAGACAAGAACCUGGAGGCGGCACGACUCAGUCUUCGCCUCAAGGACGGGGAGGUCAAACUGACGGCUCCCAGUCUAGAAACUCGCGAGCUGUGGAAAGGCUUCAUCUACGCUGUGGUGGAGCUGUCUGUGCCCAGCUUCCUGAAUCUGCUCCCAGGUCAGCUCCACCUUCUGGGGGAGGUGGUGGAGAAGGAGCGGAGGAGGCGCAGACCCGACCCCCCACCAGCUGCACCCACCACCCCCCUGCACCUCCCCCUACUUGGGGAAAUACCAGCGUGUUUCCAGCCAGUUUCUCGGAGGGAGGCAGAGGUGCUGCUGGAGAGGUAUCCCGACUGCGGGAACCUGCUGCUCCGCCCAGGCCGCGACGGCGCCUCAUUGGCUGUCACCACCCGCCAGGACCUCAAUGGGUCAGUAUUCAGACACUAUCGUGUAACUCAGAGACAACAUGGAGGAUAUGUGAUUGAUGUGGAGAACCCAAUUCCGUGUGCCACGCUUCAUGACGUCAUCAAUUGCCUGCUGGAGAAAACGUCCGGAACCCUGCAGCCCUUCAUACUGGAGGAGCCUUAUGAGGAGAACAUCACGUUUGUGAAGUCCAAUGAUGAGAAUGGAGAGAGGAGUCUACAGUGUGCCCCAAACAGUCCCUCCUACAGAGCCCCAGCAUUACCCCCCAGACCAGGGAGGAGCACCCAGUCGCCCUGCAGAUCCUCGCUGUCCCCGAAGCUCGGCUCGCAAAGGCAGUACAGCAGCUCACCUGAAAUUGACAGAUGGACUGUGAAGCCUCUGCCGACGCCCCCAGCGUCCCACUUGGAGAUGACCAGUGACACGCUGAAACGCCUCAACCUGUCACCAUCCCCCCUGGCAGACACCAUAUCGGAGGAGCUUAAACUCAAGCUGGAGAAGAGACGAGCCAAUCUGGAGUGACCUCUCCAGACCUGUCAGCCAAUAAGCAGAAGAGUCUCUCAGAAUCCAUCCAGUCAGCGGUGACCUCCUUCUAGCUGUAU